UUGUUUCAGGAAGUGUGUGCUGUUGAAGAUGAAACGGCAACGAAUUAUUUACGUCGAAACGACUGGAAUCUAGAGGCUGCUGUGCAACACUUUUUCCAGAGUGGAGGGCAAUUAGAAUUUGAAGAUCAAAAUAAUUCGAACGCACAGCAAGAGUUACGACAAAGACACGUAGCAGCUAAUGGUCCAUCUCCGUCUACAUCUGGAAUAUCCUCCUCACCGUCCACAUACCGCAAUUCGUCAUCAGAAGACGAUAUUGAUCCACCGUUAAUACCUUUGGUGAGAAGGCAACAACGACCAAUGAGUUGGUCAGAAUGGUUUUAUGGCUUAUUGACGUUGCCAAUUACAUUCACUUAUUAUAGUAUCAUUGAGAUACUUCGAUUCUUUUGGUCAUUGCUAAGAGUAACACCGCUAAUGGUGACCGAUCCUCGUGCGGAUGUGCAGAAAUUCGUUGACGAAUUUAAUUCGCGGUAUGGAAAUGAGAGGAAUACAAUUCAAUGGUACAAUGCACAAUAUACUGAUGCAUUGAAUGAGUGCAAGACCUCAUUACGUUUCAUGCUUGCUUAUCUUCACAAUCCAUCACAUCAAGCCACCGAUCGUUUCGUAAAGGAGCAAUUGCUAAGUGAGCAAAUGAAACAGUUCAUCGAACGGAAUAACAUUUUGAUGUGGGGUUGUUCGGUACAAACGCAAGAGGGUUAUAAAGUUUCAAUGGCACUUCGUGAGAAUACAUAUCCGUUUCUAGGGUUAAUGUGUAUGCGAGAUCAUCAUAUGUCUUUGGUGUUCAGAUUGGAAGGAGAAUAUGAGCUGGAGCCAAUGUUGUACUCACUACAAACUGCGAUCGAUGAAAAUCGUUUAUAUUUGAAUGCCAUUCGAGUGGAGAGAGAGCAGCGUGAGGUGAACAGUCAAAUAAGACGUGAACAGGAGGUGGAAUAUCAACGUGGUCUAGAAGCGGAUAGGGCGAAACGUGACAAACUGAGAAGAGCUGAAAGUGAACGUCAACUGGCCGAGAAGAGAGAAGCGGAAUCUAAGCGGCAAGAACAAAUCAAGAAAGAGCAAUUAACCGAUACGAUGGAAUAUUCGAAAAAAUUUCAGAAAUUAAAAGAAAUUCGACAACGUCUAGCUGAGGAACUUCCCGAAGAGACGAACGCUGUCGAUCAUAUACGUGUCUGUGUGCGUUUUCCAAGUGGUGAUCGAUUCGAGAGAAAGUUUGAGAAAGGCGACAGUCUUGAGGCUUUGUUCAACGCAACACUGGCCAACGAGAAGUGUCCAGAUGAUUUCACGUUGAUCUGCAGUUAUCCGAGACGUCAGUUGAAUUGUGCACCAGAGUGGUAUCGUGAGUAUGGUUCGUCCGUUCAAGAUCCACUCAACAUACCAACAUUUGAAGAGAGUGGUUUCUCGAAUUCUUUAGUUGUUUUGGUAAAGGAUAAUAAUGCGUGA